AUGUCUUUUUCCUUUCUCCCUUCUACAGAGGACUUGCUCCCGGGAGGAUUCCCCAACAUAGACAUGGGUCCCCAGCUGAAGGUGGUCGAGCGGACCCGGACGGCCACCAUGCUCUGUGCUGCCAGCGGCAACCCCGACCCAGAAAUCACCUGGUUUAAGGACUUUCUGCCCAUAGACCCCAACGCAAGUAACGGGCGAAUCAAACAGCUGCGCUCAGGCGCCCUGCAGAUUGAGAACAGCGAGGAGACGGACCAGGGGAAGUACGAGUGUGUGGCGUCUAACGUGGAAGGCGUGCGUUACUCAUCCCCUGCUAACCUAUAUGUGCGAGGUAGGGUGCAACAAGGUGCCGGAGGCCAGAAAACCUUCUACUCCGUUGACAAAAAAUGGCUGCCAGAGGGAAUCUCAGUCUAAGUGCACUACGAAGUCAAAUGUUAACAAAUGGUGACCAGGGGGGAAAUACAAGUCCUUAACUUAAAAUAGGGCACUAUUGUGUAGAAAAAUCUGACUUAGUAAUAUAAUUAUUGUGGCAUUGAUACCAGUAUUGUUCCCCGUAAAUGUUCAUUUAACUCGCUGUGAUGGUGGAGAGUGUUGAACUGUAUCCUGCCAACUAACCCUCCCCGUUAAAAUGUUUAGUUCAAAUUGGUAUCUUUUACUCUUGAUAUGCUCCCUCUCUGAAAGCCCCAUCUACCCUAAAUAGCAAAUACAACAUAGAAAAGGGAUGCUUUUAUGACCAGCAAGUACGUGGUCAGUCAUUUGUCAAGUAUGUGUGUGAAAGUUGUAGUAGGCGUUUAAAUGUGUUUGCUGUAAAUUACAUGUGAUGACAUUUUCAGGCACAGGAAUAUGACGGUAAGUCCGAUUUUGAUUGGGUCACAAAGCCUAGUGCAGACCAAUCAAAAUGUCAACCCCAGUGUUCCUUUCAGAUGGAGAAAAGAGGUUUUG